GUUUCAAUUGAUUUCAGCGGCAAACAAGUGGGUUCCAAACAGAAGAAGUUUCACAGCCACGUACAGAAGGCGCUACAGCAUUUUGAAUCUGGCACAGAAUGGGCAGAUUAUAUUGCCAACUUGGGUAGAUUACUGAAAGCUUUGCAAAGUUGGUUGUCGCUGUCGCCCAGCUUACCGUCAGGUGUCCAUCUGAAGGCCCUUGAAGUGUACGACUACAUUUUUGACAACAUUGGGCUCGAAUCCAUCGGCAGAGAAUGCAACAUUUGGACCCCUGGGAUCUUUGGACUUAUGUCCUACGCGUCCCUCUCGGUCAAAGGUCCCCUAAUUGAGCUUUAUGAACAGCUUCUCAUUCAACUGUCAUCACAGGCUUUGAGGAUUUUGAUCAAGCCGAUGCUUGCAAGUCUUUUCACUGGCAUCGAAGAUGAAAAUAACGAGUUCCAGGGUGCAACUUUCAGUUUGAUAGACGCUCUCAAAGAAAAUUUGGCCGACGAUUUGCUGUAUUGGCGGGCUGUCUUCCUGAUAAUGAUAUCCAACAAAGAGAGAAGAGCUGGUGGGCUGGUCUGGAUUACGAAACAACUGCCGUCUUUGAAUGCAGUUCCUCGCAAAAUUUUGGAAAAAAUGAUUGAAUCCGGCAGUGACCGCGCAAAGUCAACCAAAAACGCGAGGCUGCACUUGGGCUUUUACUGCCGGCGGCCCACGAUUCGUCCUGAGCCUGGGCUCUUGGUCAGAUGCCUACUUUCCUGCUUAGCAGAAGAAAACGAGGUUUUGGUGAAGAGAGGUGUAUUGGACAUUUUGACCCAACGCAUUCACUUAAGCUCACGUUUUAUCCAAGUUCUGAUGCCAGAAAAUGACCGAAAGAUGCUCAUAAUUGCUUGUUGCAGGACAAUGUUAAACCGCGACAUGUCCAUCAGCAGAAGAGUGUGGAAUUGGUUACUGGGACCUGCUUCAGCUACGCAGACCUCGCCAAGGGAAGGCUCUACAACCUAA